AAAUGCACAGAGUCACAGCAGUCAUCCUCGCAAUUGUGAUCUCCAGUGCUGCUGCAGCACAAUGGGCAAAAAUCUGCUCAAGUCAACCUGCAAACAAAAUCAGAGGCUGCGACUCUCAGGGCUGCGGCGGAUACAACCGCUCCAGAGGAAGGAGGCAGCACAUGGGAGUGGACGUGGUGUGCGAGGACGGCUCGGUGGUGUACGCACCCUUCACGGGGAAGAUCGACAGACAAGCCAGGCCCUAUGGAAACGGCAAUGCCGUCGACAACGGAGUUCAGCUUUCAGGAUCAGGAUUCUGCAUUAAGAUGUUUUACAUCAAACCCAUCAAGUACCGCGGCCCCAUCAAGAAGGGAGAGAAAAUCGGCAUCCUGCUGCCCAUGCAAAGGGUCUACCGAGGAAUUACGUCCCAUGUCCAUAUCCAGAACUGUGACUUAACAGAUCCUACUCCCAACCUGUAA